CUUCCGGCUGUCUACGGUGCCGUUCUUUUUCGGUUUCAGUGGAAGCAUGACAGGUUUUAGUGAAAAAGCCAUCCUCAUCGAUGGCAGGGGCCAUUUAUUAGGUCGAUUAGCUGCAAUUGUUGCAAAGACAUUGUUACAUGGAAAUAAAAUCACAGUUGUAAGAUGUGAACAGUUGAAUAUUUCCGGAAAUUUUUACAAGAAUAAGCUAAAGUUUCUGUCAUUCCUCCGCAAGAGAUGUAAUGUAAAUCCUGCCCGUGGACCCUUCCAUUUUAGGGCUCCUUCCAGAAUUUUUUGGAAGACAGUCAGAGGAAUGUUGCCACACAAAUCAGAAAGAGGAAAACAAGCUCUCCGUAGGCUAAAGGCAUAUGAAGGAAUUCCUCCUCCAUAUGACCGCAGGAAGCGUGUUGUUGUUCCAGGUGCCCUUAGAGUAAUUUGCCUGAAACCAGGACGUAAAUUCUGCCAUGUAGGCCGUCUUUCACAUGAAGUUGGAUGGAAAUACCAAUCCGUCGUUCGUACGUUGGAGAACAAACGUAAAGUUAAGGCUGUUUUGGCUAUUCGUAAACGUGAUAAGCUUAAGAAACUUACCAAACAAGCAUCUGAAAAGGUUGCCAAGCAGACAAAACCUUUCACUUCUCUUAUUAAUUCGUAUGGUUAUAAUUAAAAGUUUUUUAAUUAAAUGACUUAAUAUU